GAGCAUAUGUGCGUGCACGCGCUCACUCUAUGCCCUCAUGAACACCAUGGCCGUGGAUCAAGCCGCAUGCUACCUCCUCUGCAUCGUCCUCACUCUGCUUCUCCCUCCGCUGCUCCUCAAGCUCGUGAAACGUGGCGGCAACGAUGGCCUGAACCUGCCGCCGGGCCCGUGGAGGCUGCCGGUGAUCGGCAACCUCCACCAAGUCGCGCGCGGGGGGCCGCUGGUCCACCGCACCAUGGCCAACCUCGCGCGCCGGCUCGACGCGCCGCUCAUGCGUCUGCAGCUUGGCGAGCUCCGCGUCGUCGUGGCCUCGUCCGCCGACGCCGCCCGGGAGAUCAUGAAGACGCACGACGCCAGCUUCGCGACGCGCCCCUGGAACGCCACCACGCGGCUGCUGCGGGCCGACGGCGAGGGCCUCGUGUUCGCGCGCUACGGCGCCCUGUGGCGGCAGCUCCGCAAGCUGUGCGUCGCGGAGCUGCUCAGUGCCCGGCGCGUGCGGCCGUUCCGCCGCGCGAGGGAGGAGGAGGCCCGCCGCCUCGUCGCCGCCGUCGCCGAGGCGGCGUCCUCGGGCCAGGCCGUGAACGUCAGCGAGCGGAUCGCCACGGUCGUGGCGGACUCGACGAUGCGCGUCAUGAUCGGGGACAGGUUCGAGAGGCGGGAGGAGUUUCUGGAGGAGCUGGCGGAGAUCGUCAAGGUCGGCGCGGGGUUCAGCCUGGAUGACAUGUUCCCGUCGUGGAGGCUCGCGAGCGCCGUCGGCGGCAUGACGCGCCGCGCCGAGCUGAACCACCGCAAGACCUACGAGCUGAUGGACUGCGUGUUCCGGCAGCACCAGCAGCUGAGAGAGGCCGUGGCUGAAGGCGCCAUCAAGGAAGAGGAGGAAGACCUUGUGGACGUGCUCCUUAGGAUACAGAAGGAAGGCGGCGUCGAGGUGCCUCUCACCACAGGCAACAUCAAAGCGGUCAUCCUUGACCUCUUCAACGCCGGGAGCGAGACAUCAGCAAAUACACUCCAAUGGGCCAUGUCAGAGCUAAUGAGGAACCCACUAGUGAUUCACAAGGCACAAGUCGAGCUGCGGAACAGCCUCCAAGGGAAAUCGACGGUGACCGAGGAUGACUUGGCUGGCCUGAAGUACCUAAAGCUCGUCAUCAAGGAAACCCUGAGGCUGCACACGGUGUUGCCACUGCUUCUCCCGAGGGAGUGCCGGGAGACGUGCAAUGUCAUGGGGUACGACGUGCCCAAGGGCACCACCGUGUUCGUCAACGCAUGGGCGAUCAGCAGGGACCCGAAGCACUGGGAUGACCCGGAGAAGUUCAAGCCGGAGCGAUUUGAGAGCACCACGAUUGACUUCAAGGGCACCGACUUCGAGUUUGUUCCGUUUGGUGCCGGGCGGAGGAUAUGCCCGGGCAUCACGUUUGCGCAGGCCAAUAUGGAGAUUGUGCUCGCUGCACUGUUGUACCACUUCGACUGGAAACUCCCUGGCAAGGCCUUGCGCAGCGAGCUGGAUAUGGCGGAGGAGAUGGGCAUCUCGGUCCGAAGGAAGAACGAUCUUUACCUGUGUCCCGUGGUCCGUGUUAGCCCAUGUGCUCUUGUGUAGCCGCUUUACUUGUCACACCAUGUAGCUACCAGUCUAUGCUAUGUGAUUAUGUAAGAAGUCACCCAUUUGGACUGUAAAAGGAACCGGUGUGACUAUGUAUGGAAAAAUGUCCAUUAAUUUGGUGACUUAAAGGAGUGGAAAGUUGGAGCUGGAGCAAA